AACUUCAAAUGAAAACAUUCUGCCUUUUGAGUUUGCUAGUAUCCAUCAUACAACUGUUAGCUUCCACCUUCCUUCAUUAAAUAAACAAUGCAACACAUAUGUUACUGUCUUCUUCUCUCCUGAAUCUCUCUAAAAGAUCGACCCUUAAUUUUCAGUAACCUCACUGAUCGGAAUCCAAACCCAGGUGCUUAGAUUCCGGUCACCGUUGAGAGGUUUGAUGAAAUGGGGUCCUUAGAAAGAUCAAAGAAGAAGGUUCAGUUAUGGAAGAAAGCUGUUGUCCAUUUUGCUUUGUGUUUUGUUAUGGGGUUCUUCACAGGCUUUGCUCCUACUGGUAAAGCUUCAAUCUUUUCUAGUCAAAUUAUUUCUUCAAACAAGUCAUAUUUCUCGCCACAACCCAUCGAAGUGCUUCACUCAGCAGUGACACCACCAGCACAGGACCCCAAAAAUGACAGUUUGGCAGCUGAAACUCCCAUGCAAAUUCCUGCAGAAUCUGAACGUGCAAAGUUCUUGGAAGAAGUAGAAGAAAGAGAAGCCAAGUUGAAUCCAAGAAGAUUAAUAAUUAUCAUCACUCCAAUGAGUAGUAAAGAUGCGUAUGAAGGUGUGUUUUUGAGGAGAUUAGCUAAUACUAUAAGAUUGGUUCCUCCGCCAUUGCUGUGGAUUGUUGUGGAGGGGCAGACAGAAUCAGAUGAAGUGUCAGAGAUUCUUAGAAAAACAGGAAUUAUGUAUAGGCACUUUGUGUCCAAAGAGAACUUUACAGAUCCACAGGCUGAAUUGGAUCAUCAGAGAAAUGUUGCUCUUAGGCAUAUUGAGCAGCACAGGCUGAGUGGAAUCGUUCAUUUUGCUGGCCUUUCCAAUACUUAUGAUCUUGCCUUCUUUGAUGAGCUCAGAGAAAUUGAGGUAUUUGGGACAUGGCCAAUGGCAUUGCUAACAGCAAACAAGAAUAAGGUGAUAAUCGAAGGACCAGUAUGUGAUUCGUCCCAAGUGAUCGGAUGGCAUCUCAAGAAAAUCAACAAUCAAACAGAUUCAACACCUCCUAUUCAUAUUUCAAGUUUUGGUUUCAAUAGUUCUAUCCUUUGGGAUCCUGAGAGAUGGGGUCGCCCUUCUUCUGUUCCUCAAACUUCACAGAAUUCAAUAAAAUUUGUGAAGCAAGUAGCUCUUGAAGAUGAGACAAAGCUAAAGGGAAUCCCCCCAGAGGAAUGCUCUAAAAUCAUGCUUUGGCAGCUUAAAUUUCCGAUUGAGAAUUCAUCAUCUGAUAGUCUUUCCAACACAGCAGUUGAUAGCAACCAGAGAUGAUUAUAAAAUUUUACAAUUUUUUUUUUAUUUUGUUAUAGUAUGAAUAUAGAGAGAGAAAGCUUGUCAAACAAUUAAGGAUUUAAAAGAAAAUUAAUUCUUGAAUUUUACUUUCUCAAUUUUAAUAUGCUAUCAAAAGCCAUAUUAAUUGGAGGGUACAGCAAAUGGAAAUAAAAAACACCAAAUAGUCGUACGCAGCUUGUGCCAGUGUUAAAAUAUUUUAUGUUAUUAUUAUAUAAAAUUAUUUUAUAAAAUAAUAU